GGCGUCUGACGCCCCACCGUCGCCCACAUCUCGCCAGGUCGAUCCCUUGCCAACACCGGGAUAACCUCUUGCGGGAUUCACCCGAUGGGUGUAUUCCCACACCUUCGAUGGCCUGACGACGCACCCAGACUGCUCCCUGGGUCAACCGCCGACACCUGCUACCAACCCGCAUUGCAACCCUUGCGUGUCCCAGGGCUAUUCUUCAAACCACCUCCCCUCCACACCUCGCUGCAUGUUUCUCUUCUCGACGAACCCGCAUCGUCCACCUCGCCACCUCCCCACCCAAGAAGACCCCGAGCUCAGACUUCGCACUACCGAUAUACCCAGUACAGGCCGCCGCUCAUUCGGGGCUGCCACCUCAAGGCAAAUAGCUCAGACGGGUCAGGGAUUCCGUCCGACAGAAGGUUGUCGUACCAAGGAGCCUCAACCGAGUGGCAUCAGCUCACACACCGCCGCCACCCCCAACAAUAUCGACGGGGGAGGAUCUACAAGCGACCGCCAGACUGUCUCCUCCCCUUCAACUGCGAUGCCCUACAACCAUCACCACCCACGCACGUCACUCAACCUCCCACCUCUACCUGUGAUGGUCUCACUCAUUUCUUCUCACCGCACCGGCAUCGUCGCCGCUAUCAGAACCGCACCCGUGCACCACCGGCUCACCAGCUUAGGCUUAACUCACAAGUUGGGCCCACCAAUGUAGAUUGACUUGUAGGCCAGUAGAGUGGGUUGUUCAAGGCCAGGUCCACUUUCUGAGUUCUCCAUUCCACCCUUUCUUAAUGUCUCCAUGUAUGUGCAUGGUGUCCCCAUUGUGUCCCCAACCAAAUUACCUCCAUCUCUCUCAAUGAUCACCCAGCAGAAAUUUGAACAAUGCCUCCCCAGUACCUCCCCCCCCCCCACAAUCAUCCUUGCCUCCAGGUGAA